AUGAUUCUAUUACAUCAUAUCAAUCAUACAUUAUGGUAUGGAUAUUAUACAAUGAAAAUUUAUUUCUUAUCAGGAUUAUUAAUUAAUUUAAUUAUCAAUUUAUUAUCCAUCAAUUAUUGUAUUGAAAGUACUACAGUGACAACUGGAUCAUGUUUUGCCAAACGUUUAAAUAGUGGUAAUUGUAUUGGAUUAAUGGAAGAGAGUAUAUCACAAUUAGAAUGUUGUAAACGUGGUGGAUUCUAUUUAAAUCGUCAAAUAACUCAACAAGAAUAUUUAACGGAUCAUUUGUUAUUUGAAUCUGGUACACCAAAUUGUGUUCAAGCAUGUAAUGAAGAAUUACCUUCAACAUGUAAAGGAUAUGUAUGUCCUGAAGGACAUUAUUGUCGUAUGAUUAAUAAUGAACCAAAAUGUAAAUGUCGAUUACAAUGUAAUACAGCUGAUUAUUUAACUGGUCCAUUAUGUACAACUAAUUUAAGACGUUUUCAUAAUCAAUGUCAUUUAAAACAAGCACGUUGUAAAUUACCAAAAGAAAGUCUUGAAGUAAUUCCAUGUCCUGAUGAAGGUUUACGAUGUUCCGAUUUAAGUAUAUUAUCAGAAAAAAAUUUCCAUCUUAAUUCAUUAUUUAAAACUUUAUAUAAUGAUUAUGAAGAAGGAAAAGAUGUUUCGUCAUUACCAUCAUCGACUUCAUCAAUCUCAACAACAAAUACAAUACUACCAUCAUCAUCAUCAUCAUCAUCGACAACAGAUAAUCAAGACUAUACAAACAAUCUAGACGAUAAUAUCAUCAUUAUGAAUCGUAGAACAUCAACAGAUCUAAAUACAUAUAUAUCAAAUAUAGAUGAAUCUAUCUUUGAUGAAAAGACAAUUUAUUCUAAUGAUGAAUUAUCUAAAGAAUUAAUAUGUAAUACAAAUGAAUAUUGUUUAUUACGUCAAUUUGAUGGACGUCCAUCAUGUGAAUAUUGGGGUGAACAAUCAUGGAAAACAUUAAAUAAUUGUCCUGAAUCAACAUUUCAUGAACCAAUAUGUAGUACAAAUAAUCAAACAUUUUAUAAUAGUUGUGAUCUUAAAUUAGCUGGAUUAAAAAAUCAAUUAGAAGUAAGAAUAGCAUAUAAAGGAGAAUGUCGAAGUAAAGCUACUUGUUCUAAUAUCCAAUGUCCAAGAGCUGAAAUGAGAUGUAGUCCACAUCAUUUAACUGGUCAACCAAUUUGUAUGGAUUGUGCUAAACUACCAUUAGAUUGUAAUGCAUCAUUUAGAAAUGGACAAGAAACAUUAACUUCAGCAUCUUCAUCAUCAUCAUCAUCAUCUACAGGUAUACCAAAUAAAAGAAAAUCACAAGUAUUUGGUGAUCCUGUUUGGAAAACACCAGUUCAAACAUAUGGUUGGCCAGUUGUUUGUGGAUCAAAUGGAAAAACUUAUCGUAAUACUUGUUUUCUUCAUGUUGUCAAUUGUUUAAGUGAUAAAUUUGUUGAAUUAAGAAAACCGGAAUUCUGUAGUGAAACUAUUCCAUCAAGACAUAAUGAUUGGAGUAGACAUUUUGGUAAAUGA